AUGUACACCUCUUCCUCCACCACUGCCGCCCUCAUCGCCGCCCUCGCCCUCCUCCAGCGAACGUUUGCUCAAAACGUGACCACGGAGAGCGUAGGCCUCUCGUUCACGCAGGCAAAGAUUGUUCCAGAUGUCCUACCGUCCUUUGCGCCCUCGGGCGUGUUGGAGGUGAUCUUUACGGAUCCAAAUAAUUCGAACAGAACUCAAGUUACACCUGGGAUGAACCUCACUGUUUCACAAACAUCGUCUCUACCGACGCUAGGAAUAUCAGGUCUCCCUCCUUCGUUCGCACCACAAACCUUCGCUGUCGUAUUGAUCGACCCGGAUGCACCAACUCCCCAAUCCCCUUCAGCAGCACAGUUUCUUCACUUCCUAGGUGGAGACUUUGAGAUAAGAGGUGAAGCGGUCGAGACGACGCCAGCUCUUACCAAUCAGUCACAGGCGGCGAUGGAGUACGUCGGACCAAAUCCUCCUGCUGGCUCCCCACCCCAUAGAUACGUACUCUUAGUGUACAACCAAAACACGCUUCCAAUAGCUGAUACGACCUUCGGGGCUGCCGCUGCGCCUUUCGUCAAUGCAUCCACCCCACGAGCCAACUUCAACGUAACGCAAUUCGCGGAGCAGACGAUGAUCACCGGGCCUGUUGCUGGGACAUUCUUCUACGUCGCGCCGGAUAGUCCAGCGCCAUCAUCAAGCUCUCUUCCAGCCACAGGGACAGCCGCUUCUGAUUCUACCACAACGUCCACCUCAAACUCAGCAACUAAAAGCGGAUCUGUGUCUCAUUGUUUAGCGGCAUUGGUUGCAUUGGUUCUACUUGCUUUUUGCUCUGUAUAA